GGGGAAAGAGAAGCAAACCCGCAGCAAUCAGCCGUGAUGUCUACGCCUUUGGGACUGCACAAUCAAAACCAAGCGCGCUUCGAGGUGGUGUCGCCGGCUCUCGGAUCGGCGCAGGCCGGCACGGAGAUGCCCGACCUGAGCCAUCUCACCGAGGAGGAGCGCAAGAUCAUCCUGGCUGUCAUGGACCGGCAGAAGCAGGAGGAGGAGAAAGAGCAAGCCAUGCUCAGGCGUCUGCACCAGCAGUUCGAGAGCUACAAGGAGCAGAUCAAGAAGAUCGGCGACGAGACCCGCAAGCAGGCGUCCGACACCAAGGACGAUGCCCCCACCUGCGGCAUCUGCCUCAAGACCAAGUUCGCCGAUGGCUGUGGCCACCUGUGCUCUUACUGCCAGACGAAGUUUUGUGCCCGCUGCGGAGGAAGGGUCACCCUCCGCUCCAACAAAGAGGAUAAAGUGGUGAUGUGGGUGUGCAACCUCUGCCGCAAGCAGCAGGAGAUUCUCAUCAAGUCGGGCGCCUGGUUCUACAGCGGCGGCCCGCAGCAGGCCACCACCCCGGACGGAGCCGGCGGAGGCGUCCCACGGGCGGGGCCGUCGGACGCCCCGCGCGAGAAGCGCCUCCGCCUGCAGGAGCGCUCGCAGUCGCAGAGCCCCCUGGGAGCGACGGGGCCCCCUGGCGGUGGAAACCACCACCAGCAGCAGCAGCAGCAGCAGCCGACGACGACGACGACGACGUCGCAGCUCCGCCGCCACGACUCCAACCUGUCCCAGAAGGAUCUCAACAGGCAGGCGACGCUGAGGUCGCGCAGCGAGCCGCCCGGAGAGAGGAAACGCCCGGCCUCUUCGGGGGACCUGGACGUGCGCGCCGUGCGUAUGCGCGACGAGCGGCGAGCGGCCGCCGCGGCGGCCCUGGCGCAGGCGCAGGCCGGUCCCUCCGGCAAGGGGCUCCCAGCGGGGCCCUCCCAGCAGCAGCAGCAGCGUGGGGGCAGCCAGCGCGGAGGCCCCGGCUCACGAUCUUCACACAAGCACGAUACAGGGCAAAGGGGAGAGCCGUCCACGUCCCAGCAGGGCCAGCCCGUGGCGCCAUCAAAACCGGGCGGCGCGGAGGGAGACGCGUCGGCGGCGGCCACCGCGUCGGCGUCGGCGUCGUCCGGCAACGUUGAUCCGGAGCAGCAGCUGCGGCCAGAGCCAGCGGCUCAAGGGCGCUACCGCAGUGACCCCAACUUGGCUCGCUACCCGGUGCGCCCGGCGCCGGAUGAGGAGCGCAUGCGCUUGCAGGCGGAGGUGUCGCGUGCCCGCCACGAGCGCAGGCACAGCGACGUGGCGCUGGCGUUCACGGAGACGGAGCAGGGAGGGCUCCCGCCACCGCCGCCGCCGCCGCCGGCCGGCGGAGGGGCGCGCAGGGAGCGGCACGCCAGGCAACGUGGCGGCACAGCAGCAGCAGCAGCAGCGGCGGCGGCAGGCGGGGGAGCGUCUGCCAUGGACGAUCAGCGGCGGGCGGCCAAAGACUCGGCACCGGCGCAGCAGCGCUCCUACUCGACGGAGCGCUCCGAGGGGGGCCCUUACCAGAGCCCCACGCCCCCGCGGCACAGCCCCGCGACUGCCGUGCCGCCGCCAGGGGCGUCGGAGAGGGCCGGCGCCUCGGGGAUCUCCGCCGCCACGAGGCCGUCCAAGUCUCAGAGCCAGCAGCAGCAGCAGCAGCGGCUCGACCCCAGCUCGGCCGCCGCGGCCGCGGCCGGCGCACGCAGGAGCAAGCGUGAGAAGCUGGAGAGCAUGCUGCGCAACGACUCGCUCAGCUCGGACCAGUCCGAGUCGAUACGGCCGUCCAAGCCGCACAAGCAGAAGAAGGGAGGAGGAGGAGGAGGAGGAGGGAGCGGGGGCGGCGGAGGUUCGGGGAGCGGCAGCGGCGGUGGCGGCGGAUCGGGGGGGGCAUCGGGCAAGAAGCGGCAGAUGUCGAUGAGCAGCUCCGAGGAGGAGCUCGCGUCGACGCCCGAGUACACGAGCUGCGAGGACGUGGAGAUCGAGAGCGAGAGCGUCAGCGAGAAAGGGGAAACAGUGAGGGUGAAAAGAAAGACUAGCUCUCUCGGGCCCAUGGCCGCAGGCACCGCCACUGAGCGCCCCAAGCGGGCGGUGAAUUUCGUGGGUGGGAGGUCGCUGGACGAUGGCCUCGACUGGCGCGAGCCGCAGACCAAAGACUCGGGCAUAGACACGUGCAGUAGCACGACCCUUAACGAGGAGCACUCUAGCAAUAGCGACAAGCACCCCGUGACGUGGCAGCCCUCCAGGGAGGGCGACCGGCUCAUCGGGCGCAUCAUGCUCAACAAGAGGAUGCGCGACGGCACCAUGCCUCGAGACUCGGGGGCGCUGCUCGGCCUCAAGGUUGUCGGUGGGAAGAUGUCGGAAUCGGGCCGGCUCUGUGCGUACAUCACCAAAGUGAAGAAGGGAAGUUUGGCAGAUAUUGUAGGUCACUUGCGGGCAGGUGAUGAGGUCCUGGAGUGGAACAGGAAAGUUCUGCAAGGGGCUUCUUUUCAGGACGUCUACAACAUCAUCUUGGAGUCAAAGCCGGAGCUGCAGGUGGAGCUGAUCGUGUCGAGGCCUAUUGGGGACAUUCCACGGAUACCGGACGGAUCUCAAGCACAGCAAAUGGAAUCGAGCUCCAGCUCCUUCGAGUCCCAGAAGAUGGAUCGGCCAUCCAUCUCUGUCACGUCGCCCACCAGUCCCAGCCUCCGCGACGUGCCGCAAAUUCUCCCCGGCAGACUCUCGAUCAAGCUGUGGUAUGAUAAGGUGGGAUACCAGCUCAUAGUCACUGUGCUCAGCGCCACCGAACUUCCACCCCGCGAGGACGGCCGACCAAGGAACCCCUACGUCAAGAUCUACUUCCUGCCCGACCGGAGGAGUAAGCGGCGCACCAAGACGGCACGCAAGACCCUGGAGCCCAAGUGGAGCCAGACGUUCGUCUACUGCCCUGUGCAUCGGCGCGAGUUCCGCGAGCGAAUGUUGGAGCUCACGCUGUGGGACCAGCCGCGCGUGCUGGAGGAGGAGAGCGAGUUUCUGGGCGAGAUUCUGAUCGAGCUGGAGACGGCGCUGCUGGACGACGAGCCGCACUGCUACAAGCUGCAGUCGCACGACGCCUCCUCGCUGCCCCUGCCGCAGCCCUCCCCGUACCUCCCGCGCAAACACGUGUCCGCCGACAACGCCAAGAAGCUGCAAAGAUCCCAGCGCGUUAGUGAUAGUGAAAUUUCAGACUAUGAUUAUGAUGAUGCCAUUGGAGUUAUAUCGACAGAUUACCGCUGCGGAGGGAAGGACGGCGGCCCCACCACGCUGGCCGUGCCCGAGCAGCCGAGCACGGCCCCGCGGCACCGCUCGCGCUCCGCGUCGCCGCACCGCGCUGAAGGGAAUGGCCGCACGCGCUCCCGGUCACCCGCCGUGCAGCAGAGGAGCUUGGACCAGGUUUCUCACAACAACAACAGGAGGUCUCGGUCUCCGUCACGGCACGAGGAGCGGCAGGGCAGGGAGAGAGGGAGAACUGUGGAGGCCCCAUGCCCACGUGACCGUGAGAGAGCUUGCUUCCUCACUCUGCCCAGACCCAAGUCAAGCAAUGAUGCCAUUUUCAAAAUGGAGGAGUCCAGAACGGGGAAGGGGAGGCCGAGGCCAAAUAGUCUUUUCCCAAAGGGAUACGUAUUCCAUUCUCCAAUCAGGAGGUGUCAGUCGCUGGAGCGGGCUGGCAGCGUCAGUGUAUGUCGCUUGAGGACCAGCGCUCCCAAGCCCCAAAGCAGACACUUCUUGUCGCUAGACAGACAGCGACCAGAUAGCCCUAGGAUUCUCAUUCAGCAUGCCUCGCCCGACGAUGACAGCCGCCACGGCAAGCCCCUCGAGCGAUCCCAUAGUCUCAAGUCGCGGAAAAGCAGCGUGUACGAGACGGACAGGUAUUACCAGGGCGGCCCGCGCUCCGGGGAGGCCCGUAGUUUGUCGGAGCUGAGGCUUGCUCGAUCACGCUCCACCGAACGCCCUGACCUUCACCUGGGCCGCUCCCUCACCCCGGGCCCUGGUGGGGGGUCAGCCCCUCCCUCCCCUGCACUCCCAAGACCUCGCCUACACAGCCCGUGCCAAAGCCCUCCGUCUGGAACGCCGGCCACAACGCGGAGAGGACGCCAGCUCCCGGCAGUGCCCCCAAAGGAUCGAGCCACUCUGGAAGUGGAGGAGAGAACCAAGCAGAUGAAGCUGAGCCUCAGCAAAUACAAGCAGUCGGCCGGGUCAGGGUCCAGCCAAGAACUGGAGAGAGACGUCUACUCCAAGUACCGACCCCGCCACCAGCGCAGCGCCGACAACGUGUCCACCAAGUCGUCGGACAGCGACGUGAGCGACGUGUCGGGCGUCUCCCGGACGAGCAGCACGAGCUACAUGUCCGUGCAGUCGGAGAGGAUCCGUGGCAGCAAGAAGAUCAGCAUGUUCACGUCCAAGAUGCAGAACCGUCAGAUGGGCAUCGUCGGCCGCAACAUGCUGAAGAGCACGAGCGUCAGCGGCGACAUGUACGCCCUGGAGCGAACCGACGGCAGUCAGUCGGACACGGCCGUGGGCAUGGUGGCGAGCGGCGGCAAGAAGCGGCGGGGCAGCAUCGGAGCGAGGAUGGUGGCCAUGGUGGGACUGCACAACCGCAGCCGCAGCACUUCACAGCUCUCGCAGACCGACUCUGGAGGAAGGAAGCUGCGCAGCACCGUCAAGCGCAGCACUGAGACGGGUCUGGCAGCCACCAUGCGGACCCCACUCACUCGACAACGCAGCCGAGACUCUGCUGACGAGUCCAUUAACAGCUGCACGUCCGAGGGGAACUUGGUGUUUCCCAGUCUCAUGUUUGGUGGAGGUUACCAAAUCAGCGAUUUCCUGGACGGCCUGGGGCCAGCGCAGUUGGUGGGACGCCAGACGCUUGCCACACCUGCCAUGGGUGAAAUCCAAAUAAGUAUGAUCGACAAGAAGGGGCAGCUCGAGGUGGAAGUUAUCCGUGCCAAAGGACUUGUCGCAAAAGCCUCAGCCAAAACCCUUCCAGCGCCGUACGUCAAGGUGUACUUGCUGGAGAGCGGCAUAUGCAUCGGCAAGAAGAAGACAAAGAUCGCGCGAAAAACCCUCGAUCCCCUGUAUCAGCAGCCACUCCUGUUUACAGAUGGCCCACAAGGAAAAGUAUUGCAGGUGAUAGUGUGGGGUGACUACGGCCGCAUGGACCACAAGAGCUUCAUGGGCGUCGCUCAGAUCCUGCUGGAGGAGCUGGACCUCUCCAACAUGGUGAUCGGCUGGUACAAGCUCUUCCCCACGUCCUCGCUCGUGGACCCGACGAUAGCACCACUCACCCGCCGUGCUUCGCAGUCCUCCCUGGAGAGCUCGACGUCCUUCGCCCGCUCGUAGCAAACGCCAAAAUGAAAGAAUGCAUAAUUAAUUUCCGUCGUUGAUAUUAUUAUUAUCAUCACGACAACUACUCUUGUUAUUACGAGCUGCGACGGGCGGGCGGGCAAGGGGACACAGGCGAAAGAGAAACUUUUAACGAGCCCUGCAGGUUGUUUUGUAACCCGAAGCUUAGCCAAAGGGCACUUGGUCAAAGUUGAGACGCCACAAUGUUGGGGGUUUGGAGGGUGGAAUACACAGCUUGGGGGGGGGGGGAAAGUGGUAGUUUUCAGCUCUGCACAAAUAAAGAGCCGUGAAUGUGAGGGCGGUUGUUUACUCUGUUGACAAUUACGAAGAGAGUAAUUAAUAAAAUAAAAUCACUAUUUUGAAAUUAACUAUUCUUGGGACUUUUUGCUAAUGCUUUUUAAUGUACUGUAAUCCUUUACAUAACCGAGCUGAUUCUAUGAAAUCACUCUGAGACUGUUGAAGGGAUAGGCUAUUUAUUGAUUGCUUCCAUAAUUUCGAAUCAGCAUGGUUUGAGCUGGGAUUAGCCGAACGAAUAGCACACUUUUGUGUGCCGUAAGGAACGUGUAAGUUACUUGGCAGUGUAUGAAAGAUAACUUGUGUUCUGUGGUGGAGAUGGGGAAUGAUGGGGAAUACCUUGGGGAAAGGGAGGUUGUUUUCUUUCUUGCGAAUCCUCUGAAGUUGCCCUUUGCUGUGGAUGCGAGUGAUGGACACCUUGUUUCAGGGUUACGAAUGAAGUGUUGAAAGAAGACGGGAGGCAUUUGUGUCUCUUCUUCUUUGCAAAGCAAAACAAAAUAAAAGACAAAAGAACACAACAAAGAGAAGCUUAUGGAAGACUGAACAAGAACUUCCGUUUGUACUGACAAAACAAUGGAAAAUGUCACCACGACGUUAAAUAAAUUGAUGAAUUGUCCUGAUAUCAUGAUGAUAACUCUUUUCGAUCGUAUUGCAUGAAACUCGUACGAUAAAUUAUAUCCAUCCCAAUGGAAUUUCCUUCUGCAUUUUUCCAUAUGAAAGUAUAAUCUAAUUGAAGUAAAAAAAACAUCACCUUUUUUCAAGAAAAUAAUUGGUCCAUGAAUAAAUACGAGGCAGGUAAAUUAUCGCUUUGGAGGGUGACAUUAUUUUUACGGUAAAUGUUUAUACGACUUGUGCAAAUGAAAAAAAAAACGAUGUAAUUGUUUGUAAAGCACUCUCUGAUCAAGACUGCAUGUUUUAUUAACUUAAGGCAGAAAAUCAGCGCUUCAUUUUAAAUAAACCUUAGCGGCUAUAAAUUGAGGUCUUUCUCUUGUUUGUUGAGCAAUUUGUAAUGACGAUGUUAUUUCUAAGGUACUAUAUAUAAACUGGUUUUGCUUGUCCUACCUGAAUAUUUUUUUUUUUACAAGUCAAUUCCCAAACCCUUUCGCCUAUAAAGCUACUGCGACAAGACUUUCGACACAACUACACAGAGAGAGACGUAUAAAUAAAACGUAACGAAUUGGAUUUCGUAGGCAUUAAAAAUGUUUGUAACUAAAAUGCGUUUGAAUUACAGUGCAGGGUGUGUGGUAUGAUUAUACUAUCCUAUUACAGUGAUAGUGUUUACGACAAAAUAAAUAUUUUACCCAUGUUCAAACCAAAUUCACUAAACUGUUUAUGCAACUACCUAUGGUAUAUAUAUAUUACGAUAUGCAAUUUGCAGUAUUUAAUAUUCAAAAGCAUACGAUACUUAAUAUUUCGUACUCAAAAUUAGACCACAAUAAGACCAACUCAAACAAAAUAAUCAAGCGGUGUAGAGCUUUUGAGACAAUUACCUAUUCUUUACUUUAAGGAGUCCAGGUGUAUUGUCCUACAAGUGCCCAUUUGUUGUUAAUACGGCAAACCGGAUUUACAUUUUAUAUUCACAAUCAAAUGAACAUCAAGCUGCAAGUCCACAGACAGAGAGAGAGAGUGCCUACACAUCUAACACGAAGUGGCUUUUGGUCACAGCUUCCAAUAAAUGUGUAAGGAAGGAUAAAUCAUCAGUGUUUUGCUUUGGCAUAUUUUGCAGACAAUUAAAAUGUUCAAUCUUGCAAUACCGUGGAUACUCUGCAGCUAUGCACAUACAUACCUACAUUUGAUAUGGCAUUAAAAAACAGAGUUUAAAGUGAACAUGGACGCGUUAUAUACAUUGUUUUUAAGAGAGUUGGGUAUAUAACUGGUCUCCAGGCUGGCCUUGAUAAAGAUGCAGCACAAAUUGGCCAUUGGUUCAAAAGCUCAACUGACCAAAACAAAGACAACGUGUUUUCCUCUAGCUGAUAGUUUCACACGGUUUUGUUUGUUUGUUACAUAUACGUAUUAAAUCAAUCAAAAUGCAUAUGAACACAACAUAAACAAUCCGGCACGUAUGCAUUAAAAAAAAAUAACAAUUCGAUUGAAUCCUAAGAACUGAAAUUAUCUGUGCGUUAAACAACACGGCGAAGCUUGUUGCUUGACUGCAUCGCAAAGGGUUGAGUUUUUUUUUUGCUAUUGCCUGACCGAUUUUAAACGGGCCCUUCAUAGCAUUGGGGUCACGCACCCAGCCAUUACUAUAGAAAACAGAGAAUCGCAUCGCCAAGUCCACAAGCUGUUUUGCUGGACAUUGCUUUGCACUCUAAAUGCAGGGAGCACUCCUCUCAUCCGUUUCCCCGAUUGCUCGCCACUCCUCAUAAGAACCGCUGGGUCCCGCGCAAAAUCCCAAUUAUUAGCAGGCCUACUCUUCCAAUUAUCCCCAUUUGUUUCCCCCCCCCCCCCCCCCGUGGAGAAGCGGAGCAUGGACGAUAACGCUGCGGUUAAUAGGAUCCGUGGUACUGCCCCCCCCGCCCCGCAUCACCACAGAUAAGAGGAGCAUUGGCGGUGCACACUACGCCAGUCUGCAAGGAUGUCCCACGCAUAGAGGGCAGGGUGGGGGGGGUGUUUGGGUGUUUCCUGUACAAUUGUACAUAAAGAGCAAACAUUAAAUUAGGUGGUUGCAUGACAUAUUGUUUUCCUUCGACGUGAGAUCAAUGUUUUUAAGACUCCCCCCCCCCACCCAAAGCCAUUCGAGAAAGUGGACGGUUAUAGGUGAAAGGGUUUCUCGGUAUUUGCAAAUAUUGGCCUUAUUUAUAUUAUUUAUGAGAUGAAAACAAUGUCCACUGUAAACUCGUGUGAGAGUACGCAUAGCAUCAUGUGUUUAGUGUGCUGUGGCUCAAAGUGAAUGGCCAUAUGCAUGAACAGGUUGCAAUUAUAACCCCUUUUAAGAGAUAAAGGUAGGUUGCAUGCAGUGAAAACAAAUGAAGAGAAAAUUUAAAUCAGGAAACUUUUACCCCCUCAGAUGACCUGACUUGCAGUCACUUUCCGGACAAAAUGUAAUGCACGCUUGGAGCUUAUCUUGUCAAAUCGAUGACUUUUCACAUUUUGUUAUGGUGAGAUUGUCAAAUUAUUGUUAUACAAAUCCUUGGGCUAGUUAAGGGGAAAUUUACGUGGUUAAAAGACACAACCCUGAUGUAUUGCAUAUUAUAAAACAGUUUGCAAGGAGUAGACACACCUCAGAUGUUUCUUAAUUUUCGUGUUGCAUGUACAGUCAAUUACGAGAGAUGAAACAAGGAGAGUGAAAAAACCCUUGUCUUUUUAUAAGUCAUGAUUUUUUUUUGUUCACGAAUAACUUCUGUGGCCAGUUCAUUUUGUUUUCAGUGUGGUUACAGCCUUUUUUAAAAUUGUACAGCAUGUUUAUAGAUACUAUUGUCGUUUCCAUGUAAAAUCCAACAGAAAACGUAAUUUCGCCAAAACCAACCUUUGUCGCCAUAAUAAUCCUUAACAAGCAUCGGCCGCCUAUUUAUUUAAUCUUAAACUGUUUGAAUAUUCGGGGUGGAGAAUCAUGCUAUUGUGACAACAUUACAUUUUUUCUUUUGUAAUGCAAAACGAGUCAGGUCGAUAGUGCGAUUGCUUCAAAGUGUAAAGAAAAAAAUAAUACAGUUUAUUUUGAGGAAGAUGGAAACAAUGUAUGCUUGUCAUUUAUUUUCUGCACCACCUACCGCUCCUCGUUGCAUGAAAACUGGUGUUUGCAUUAUUAUUGGCUGAAUGACUUUGGAACAGUCCACGUCUCUCCAGUGUGGCGAUUUCGACGGAGAGAUGGACUGUGGUGGAAAAAUGUGUAAGGGGAACUAAAUUGUGCGUAUGUCCUUAAACC